AUUCAAGAUGGCGCCUCAGGAGUUGUUGCUGUCCUGCCCGACGAGCUAAUAACGCAGCUGUUGGCUGAACACCGAGUUAACGCCUGGGAAUUUGUUCUGCGUUUAAUUAUUAAAUGCUUUUGCGCGUUAAGCCAUCUUUUCAAAUCAGUGAUACAUCCUCAUACUCCCCAGGAGAAAAGUCGCAGUCAGAAAGCAGUGGGUAGUCUGCCGGCCACAUAGCUAGCGUUAGCUAGCUUACGUCCAAUAGUAGAAGUUAGUUGUGGACUUCUCUCGUACAGUUUGUAAUGUUUUGGGACGUUUUAUUAUUUUGGACAUCGAUAUGUCGCUCAGAGAGUUGAAAGUCUGCCUGCUUGGGGACACGGGGGUGGGAAAGUCAAGUAUUGUGUGGAGAUUCGUGGAGGACAGCUUUGAUCCCAACAUUAAUCCUACAAUUGGAGCUUCAUUUAUGACGAAGACUGUACAAUACCAAAAUGAGCUCCAUAAAUUUCUUAUCUGGGACACUGCAGGACAAGAAAGGUUUCGUGCCCUUGCCCCUAUGUACUACAGAGGCUCAGCAGCAGCCAUCAUUGUGUAUGACAUCACUAAAGAGGAAUCCUUUCAGACUCUGAAAAACUGGGUAAAGGAGCUUCGCCAGCAUGGACCUCCCAACAUAGUGGUGGCCAUCGCUGGAAACAAAUGUGAUCUCUCUGAUGCCAGAGAAGUGCCUGAGAAGGAUGCCAAGGACUAUGCUGAUUCCAUCCAUGCUAUUUUUGUUGAAACUAGUGCCAAGAAUGCUAUUAACAUCAAUGAAAUCUUCACAGAGAUAAGUCAAAGGAUUCCAGUUUUAGACACGGGUGGCAGCUCAGGAGUCCGAGGCUUCAAGCUGCGUCGUGAACCAUCCGACACAACCAGAGAACGCGCUUGCUGCUGAUGCAGUCCCAUGCAAUUAGGCCAAAACUUCUUUCUAAUGUUCUCCUACCUCUCACUUGAUCACUUAGGAGAGUAGAAAAGAGGACAGUGAUGUUAUAGAGGAAGUUCAAAAAGCCCAUCAAUCUCAACCUGAAUCUGACGCUUUUAGGAAUCCAGUUCUGUUUACAAUAUCUCUCCACCCACCCAUGUGUCUGUCUCUCUGUUGUCUUCUAUGGUGAGAAGAUUAGAGGGUUGCUAUACUGUAAGUUGCUAGCCCUUUUCAGCUUCACUAAAAGCUUUAGUCUUUAUCACUACAUGUUGCUGCCUAUCCAGACUGACACAGUUCCAGCAGUCCUUCCAAUCAGUCUCUCUAGACUUAAUUUCCAUUCUUUAUUUUAAUAUUUACAAGAAAUAGGAGGGGAAAGAGAUUGAUUUAUCUCUCUCAUACCUGUUUAGCCAAAGCCCAUCAAUAUACACCUUUAUGUGCCUCUAUGAGGCUCUUAUGGAGUUAUUUGUAACCCUUUAUAUUUUCUUCAAAAAAGUUUAAUGUCAGAAUUAUUACAAGAGUGCUAAUUAAAGAGUAGCAACUAAGAGAGCAGUAUAGAGGCAACUUUAUGCAUGAUCAACUCUUUAGUGGUACUUUUGAGUAUAGUUCUCCCAAGUUCUCCCUGAAGAAUGUGUCAAAAUUUGUCCUUUGUGGGUUGUUUUUUUUUUUUUUUAAGGCUUUCAGGGCUACAGUCAAUAGGGGCAUUUGUGGCCUGAUCAAGCAGUCACAAAAAUUUGCUUUAUGUUUUGCAUAGUGAAUACAGGUGUUUUUUUUUUUUUUUUUUUUUUUUUUUUUUUUUUUUUCUUCAGGCAAAAUUAUAGUUCCAGUUUCUUCCCCAAAUUAAUCAGUUUCUGGCCUGUCCUGUUAAAUGAAGUCCUACUGAAGUAAAUGAUCUUCUGAAAUUAUUCACCCAUAGUUAUUGUGGCGUGAUCCUUUUAGGGACUUGCAUAAAAGGACAGAAUACUUGCAUGGUUUAAAAGAAUAUAUGGAUCAUGGUGAGUGACUAUAAUUGCAGCUUUUCUUGAAAUUGCUGUUUUGCUGUUAAAAAAACAGCAGAAAAAAGGCCUCUGUAUACUUGGUUCUAAUUCUUUUUGAAGUCUUUGAAAAUGCUAUUUUUUAUUUAUUAUUAUUUUUUAAAAAGUUAAAAAGAGGAAAAUAUGGGGAUAUACUCCAUGUUCUCCCACAAUGUAAGUUUCAAGCUUGGUCCUCAUGUUACUCUACUAGAGCUUUGUGUUCUCCGAUACACAAGAUUUGUUUGUUUUUUAGUAGUCAAGUUCAUUAGCCUGUGAUUUGUUAUUCAGGCUUCACUUUUUUUUUUUGUCUACAGCCCAUCAAAACUCCUGUACAAAAUGCACAUUGUUGGAGUAUGCGUUGUCCCUGUAUCUGAACAGUCCCUUCCAAAGUGUUUUAAACAUGUUGGAAAAAAUUGUGCUCCAUCUUGCCAAACUGUGCAGAGCAAAAGUACAAGUAUAGUUGGAGUCUGUUGUUAAGACCUCUUCUACUCUACAAUGGAAGCUCAUUAUAUAGGAACUGCAUGGAUUUAAAAAUCAUCUCAACCUCUGUAAUUCCUGAGACUCACUCAUAUGUGACAAAAGAAUGUUUGAAGAGUAAUGACCCUUGUGUAUGUUUGUGAGCAUGCCAUACAUUAGAGAUGCGUCAGGUCAAGAAUGACAUCUGAAUUUGCAAAGAUACUCUCAGUAAUUUGGGCAAGGAAUUUUAUUAUAGACAUGGCUAAUUUGCAUAUAACUAGAAGUUUCACAGAUACCUAGUUGUACCCCUUUGUAAUUUUGGUCCUGUCUAAAUAUAGCCUUUUUAUAUUAUUUUAUAAUUAUGCUUAAUCUUGAGAAGCCAGACCAUAGAUAGAUAGAUAGAUAGAUAGAUAGAUAGAUAGAUAGAAAGAAAGAAAGAAAGAAAGAAAGAAAGAAAGAAAGAAAGAAAGAAAGAAAGAAUUUGCAAGGAUUUCUAGAAUAAGUUAAUUGGCAUCCUGGAAGGCUGACUCAAUGUUGGCAGAAUUGCUCUAUAUGCUAACUUUUCACAUGCUUUCAAAAGCUCAACUUUUAACAGUUAGGCAACCAAUUCUGUGAAUUAAUUGGUUACCAAUUCUCAGCCAUUUUGGCCAUGUGCGUUAUUAUUAUUUAGCAGCAGGUCAUUUUCUCUUUUGGGAUGAGAUUUUCGGUUCACCCUUGUAUAGCUUUUACAUAUAGACUUUAUUUGUUGUUGUUUUUGUGUUUUUGUUUUAUUUUGGGAAGGUGGGUGAUUUGUUUCAGGUGGAGCUAAGUUUUUUUGCCACCCAAUAAGUACUAACACCAUUCUGUUUGACAUUAAACCCCCACCAAAAGUCAUCAGAUCCCUUUUUUUGCUUGGGCUUUCACAGUUUAUUGACAUAUUAAGAACAUGUACAUUACUGUGGUUGAGUUUGAAGAGAAAGUCACUUUAAAUAGAAAUAUAGAACCCAUACAAAAUAUACAUGGUUAAUGUAGCAACAUGGCAAACUAUGAUCCUCUAAUUAGCACUUUUAACACUGUCUUCUGUGGCCAUGAUGAGCAAUAUGUGCCUUCAGUUGUGUCUUGUUUUUGUUCUCCUUCCCCUGUUAUUGAUAUGAAUGUUUAGCUUAUAUUUACUUCUUAAAGCCACAUCUAUUUUCUGCAUAUAGCUAGAGUUCUUGGCUCCAUGGAAUGGGAGAAUAUGUGAUUAUUAUGCAUCCUUUGGCUUGAUUUAAAGUAAAGAUACAGUAAGGUUUUAAAAUGUAGAGAAUUGGAGUUGUAAAGGUCAGAUUAGUAUCACAAGUUGUAAAUGUCCAGAUAUAAAACUAUACGUCUUGCACUCUAUCUUAUGUUCUUCAUAUUUUUUUUCUUAUUUGUGCCAUCUAAAAAGCUGUUUUAUUAUGAAAUGUGGGUCAAAAAAGUGUUCAUUUUAUUGUAUAUAUGUAGGGAGCAUUGUAUUACAUCCAAGUUGUCAGUCUAUCUAUCUAUCUAUCUAUCUAUCUAUCUAUCUAUCUAUCUACCUAUCUACCUAUCUACCUAUCUACCUAUCUACCUAUCUAUCUCACACACACAUCUGGUACUCCCAAGACCACACAACUUGACAUUCAGCUUCAAUUCUCGAGGUGUGACUGGCUUUGAAUAGAAUAGCAUGCCAAAUUCGUGCUGUUAAGUUUGAUUCUUCACUUGGUCAGCAGUGUAGGAUGAAUUGCUUUCAUGUUCUGUAAAAUGGCAACAAUCUUGGGCGGGUCCUAAGAAUGUGUGAUGUGUUUUGUUUUGUUACCAUGGGACAUGUUGGAUAUAUGACCUGAUUUAGUCAUUUGAAUGGUGUUGUAGUUUACACAUUUACCUUGUAUUGCAAUAUUUACAAAGCGACUAAUUUAACCCAUCCAAAUAAUCAAUUAUUGUAUAAUUUUGUACCAUUAUUUUCCUUUUCAUUGUUUUGAUUUGUUGUUUCUCAUGCUUGCAAACAAAAUGGCUUAAAAAUCACAAAAGGGAUAUGUUGAGCUGUUUAAUGGCAAUAAAAUGGGGCGGGACACUUUU